AUGGCCUCCAUAAUGGAAGCUGGCAAUGCCACUUCCACCUCACUACCGGGUGCCAUCCACGCGACAAUCGAAUCUGUGCAGACGGGCUUUCUCAGCAAGGCAUUCGAGAAUGGAUCACCUGUUAGCUGGUUCAGCGUCUUCCUCACCCUUUUCGCUGCGGCCGUUGUAUACGAUCAAUUAUCAUACAGAUCCAGCAAGGGACCACUUGUCGGCGACUUCUGGAAGAUCCCCUUCGUUGGCCCUUUCCUCGAAAGCGUCAACCCCAGAUUCGAAGCCUACCACCGAAAAUGGCUGUCUGGUCCCCUCUCCUGCGUCUCCGUCUUCCACAAAUUCGUCGUGAUCGCAGCGACACGUGACAUGGCCCGCAAGGUCUUCAACAGCCCCAUGUACGUCAAGCCGUGCGUGGUUGAUGUGGCCCACAAACUGCUUCGACCGGACAACUGGGUCUUCUUGGACGGAAAGGAGCACGUCGAAUACCGCAAGGGUCUCAAUGGCCUGUUCACUCGCAACGCCCUCGAGACAUACCUUCCUGGUCAGCAAGAGGUGUACGCAGAAUACUUCGAGGAUUGGCUUCGCGAGAGUGAGGCAGCGGGCAGCAGCCCAAAGCCAUGGGUCUACAACAUCCGCGAGCUGAUCACGGCAGUGUCGUGCCGCACCUUCGUUGGGCACUACAUGUCGCGCGAGCAGGUCAAGAAGAUUGCUGAGGACUACUACUACAUUACAGCUGCGCUCGAACUGGUCAACUUCCCAAUCAUCGUUCCUUUCACGAAGACCUGGUAUGGUAAGAAGGCGGCAGAUCAAGUGUUGGAUGUGUUCUCGAACUGCGCUGCAAAAUCGAGGGUCAGGAUGAGGCAAAAGGGAGUCGAGCCAGAGUGCAUCAUGGACCGCUGGAUUGUGCAGAUGAUCGAAUCGGACAAAUACCGCGAGCGCAUUGCUAAGGGAGAAAAGGUACCGGACGAGGAGAAGCCAGCAAUGCUGCUGAGGAACUUCUCGGACAUCGAGAUCAGCAUGACCGUCUUCACGUUCUUGUUCGCUUCGCAGGAUGCUACUUCGAGUGCUGCUUCGUGGUUGCUGCAAAUUGUGGCCGACAACCCAGAGAUUAUGCGCAAGGUGCGAGAGGAGGGUGACAAGUUCCGUCCAGAUCACAACCAGGAUGUUGCUCUGGACGUGCUUGAGAAGAUGCAAUACACCCGUUCAGUCGUCAAGGAGACCCUCCGAUACCGCCCACCAGUGCUUAUGGUGCCAUACCUCGUCAAGAAAGACUUCCCAAUUCCAGAAUCCAACUACGUCGCCAAGAAGGGCACCAUGAUCGUGCCAUCAACAUGGCUCUCCCUCCACGACCCUGAAGCAUACGAGAACCCAGACAACUUCGUUCCCGAGCGAUGGACAACCGGCAACGCAGAAGAGCAAGGCAAGAACUGGCUGGUGUUCGGCACCGGACCACAUUACUGCUUGGGACAGACAUACGCAAUACUUAACCUCAUGCUGCUACUGCACAAGAUGAGCGCAUCAUAUGACUGGAAGCACAAAGUCACAAACAAGAGCGAGGAGAUCAAAGUCUUUGCGACCAUCUUCCCGAUGGAUGAUCUGCAGCUAUCUUUCUCGCGGAGAGCUGGGCAUACAUAG